GGAAUCCUAGGGGCUUGUCCGUAAGAUGCCCACCCGACAAUGGAGCAUAAAAUUCCCCAACCUGGCAAUCGCCUCCGAUGCUGAAACCCUAGAACUAGAUGGCCUAACCAGCCCCCUCAGACAGAAUCCGCCCAUAGCCAUGCCGCAAUUUCGGCGCUGGGCGGAUCUGCCACCGGAUCUCCUCUGCCGGAUCGGCGACAUCCUCGACCUCAAGUGCUAUGCCAGCGCGCGUGGCGCCUGCACGGCGUGGCGCUGCGCGCUCGCGCCGCCGUCCCCGUCGCUCCUCGUCGUCCUUGAUGACAACAGGUACCGCCCCUCCGCCGCCUCGCUCCCGACGCAACGCUCCUUCGAGCUCAAGCCCAUCCUCUCGGGGGGGCGCUGCGUCGGCUCUAGCAACGGCUGGCUCGCCCUCUCCAUCUGCCUCUACGGCGGGCACAACAUGUUCAGCCUCUUUAGCCCCAUCAGCGGCACCGAGAUCCUCCUGCCUCCGCUGAUCUACGAGAGUAGGUGGGUCUCGAAGCUCGUCUUCGCUCCCAACCCCGCCAAGGACGACUUCGUCGCCGCGGCCAUCUGUGACAUAGACAGGCUCGCCUACGUCACGGCCGGGGCCAGGAGGUGGGCCAUCCUCGAUCCCGUCCGCCUGGUCGCUGGGGACCAGCUCGCCGAUGUCGUCUACCACGACAAAGGUAGAGUCUACUGCCUCACGCGGUGCGGAGACGUGUACGUGCUCCGCCUGCCGGAGCGUCGCCGCCGGAAGCCUGUGGUCGCCGAGGAUUCAGCUGCUGGCCCAUCAGAACAAACGGUACCUGUACUCUCACCCACUGAUCAUCCCGCACUUAGUUUUCAUGGGAGGCGAAAUCAACAACAGCGCAACUUGCGCAUGAUGUGCUAUGAACAUCGCCGAUGGAGAGAGUACCAGCCGCAUCAAUCUAUCUCACAUAUUAAGGCUGCCUUCGGUCCGGAUGUGCUUAUGCCUAGGAAAGUUCCUCCUGGAUCUGUUGGGCCAGACCUGAAUGCACCAGCUACGGUUGAGCCCUUGUUGUCUGAGAGCAACCUUCCAUUUGACCCUGACAACAGUUUUGCCCCGCCAUACAACACAGUGUCAGUUUUUACUAGUGCCAAGAACCUGGUGUUCUGUGAGGGUAACCUGUACCAAAUCUGGAGGAAUGCCAGCUGCACGGUUACUUUGCAGCUGCCAGGAGGCGGUCAUCGUCGUGUUUCAGAGAAUGAAGUAUUGGUUCUGAGGUAUUAUCCCCGGCGCCAACCAUGCUGGGAUGCUGUGACUGACUUGGGGGGCUACUCAGUGUUUGUUGGGAGAAACAAUGCGGUGUCGAUGUAUGCUGAAGGUAUUCCGGGGCUGAAGGGUAAUUGUGUGUACUGGAUUGGUGGGAGUGGUAGGGAUCAGGGAAUGGUCUUUGAUAUGGAAACUGGGAGGUCUACACCUUGCCAUCCUGUGGCUGGUGUCGUACCGGGUCUGCCGAAAAGCACAAUCUGCUGGUUCUUCCUGAGUGACAUGGUGAAUAACUGCAACAUUAAUGGAGGAAGAAGAGUUUAUCAGACCCGAGCUAGAGUUCGGGCCGAACGUGCACAAGAUGCGGAAGAGUGAUGCGUCGCCAAAUUGCUUGGCGACAUAGUGAGCACCACCAGUCAUGGUGGUGGAAAAUGUUUAUCAUGCCUGGUCUGAAGCUGCUGAAAGAUCAGGCAGAGUGUAAUGUGGCAAAACUGCUUGCUGUAGCCAAUAGAUCGUUUUAAUUUAUAUGUUUCCUAAAUAAUUUGUUUCUGUAAUGUUCUAGUUUGUAGACUGUCAUCUUCAUAUGUUCAUGCCAUGUAAUGGAAUAAUCUUGUUGUAAACUUAUAUUCAUCAUGUUGUGAUGGAAUAAGGAUGGUUUUAAAAGUUUUUUGUAUGGUGGAAUUAUUAUUUUAAUCU